AUGAUUCCGAGCAAGAACAAGCCGCUGUCUUGCCUGUCCGUCGAGGGCCGGAUUCCAGAGGGGCUGGAGGGCACGCUGUUCCGGAACGUGCCGAACCUGGUCCCACGCAACGGAAAGGACGUGCCGCACCCGUUCGACGGCGACGGCAUGCUCGUUCGCAUCACCUUUCGCCGCGGCCAGGUGCACGUGGAGACCAGACAGAUCGAGACGGAGGCGUGGAAGGAGGAGGAGGCGUCGGGCCGCUUCCUGUUCAACACGGCCUUCAGCAAGCGCAGCUUCGCAGACUCGUUUCCUCGAAACCCGUUGGACUUUGGCGUCAAGAAUGUGUCCAACACGGGCGUGCUCGCCUGGGACGGCCGCCUCUACACGCUCUUCGAGCGCGGCGUCCCGUACGAGAUCGACAUGGCGACAAUGCGCACGCUCGGCGAGGCGCCCGUCGCAGGCGCCACCGGCCGCCUCCCCGUCGCGGGGCACUACCGCGUGCUCCGAGCGCCCGACGCCGGGGGCGGCAGCGGGUCCACGCUGGUGCUGAUGAGCCCGCAGGACGCCGGGCGCGACUGCAAGGUCUCGUUCUUCGAGCUCCCCGCCGGCGGGUCCGGCGCUGCUCGGCAGCGCAGCGUGCGGCUGCCAGGCGCGCUGCUGGGGUUCUUCCACGACUUCGCGGUCACGGAGGACUACUACGUGCUCGUGGAGAACCCGAUCAAGAUGGACUUCGCGUCGCUGCUCUCGGACUACCUCGCGGGCGGCGCGUCGCUCGCGUCUCUGCUGCGGAUGGACCGCCGGCGGCCGACCAGGGUGCACCUGGUGCCGCGGCACGACGGCGUGCGGCGGAGGACGUUCAAGCUGCCGCCGUUCUUCGUGUUCCACCUCGGGAACGCGUUCCAGCUCGCGGGGGAGUCGGGGGGGGGUGUGGUUGUUGCUGACGUGGUUGGCUGGGACGAGUAUGACCUCGGGAAGGACCUGAGGAGCUGGCGCGCGGAGGACUUCGUCGGGCCGACGCGCGCCGAGCCCACGCGCAUCACGCUGGACCUGGCCACGGGCGCCGCCACGUCAGAAAAGCUGACGCGGCGCACGGGGGAGUUCCCAACAGUCUCCCCCGCCGUGGCGGGCCGGCCGCACCGGUACCUGUACUAUGCUGGGGGCGGCAUCGACGACAGCGCCGCGUGGACGCCCCCGCAGACCAUCACUCGCCUGGACGUCGACCCUGCUGUCAGGCCUGAUGCUGCCGGGGAGCGGCUCCGCGACGCGGUGCGGUCGAGCGUGUGGCACGCCGGCGAGCUGUGCUUCGUGGAGGAGCCGCUGUUCGUUCCGCGGGGCGAGGGCGAGGCCGACGGGUGGCUCGUGGCCACGGUGUUUGACGGUGCAGAGCAGCGCACGCAAGUGGUGGUCCUGGACGCGGACGACCUGGAAGCGGGGCCCGUGGCGAGCGUGCGGCUGCCGCACCACGUGCCGUACGGGCUGCACGGCACUUGGGUCCCCGGGUUCUGCGCCCCGGCGCUGCAGGACGGUCCCCAGUGA